AUGUCGACGACAAAAUCAAACAGCUCCAAAUCCAGCAUUCGCGAUGAGGAUCUUUCGUCGGAAUCGGUUGAAGUGCUACGCGAGCGGUUAAAUACAAUGAAGCGACUAAUUGCCGAACGGCAGAACAGCACAAGCGGAUCGUCCGAGCUGUGGAAUCCACAUACCCGGGCAUCUAGUUGCAGUGGCAUCAUCGAUGGGAAUUUCUUGAGCGUAGCAUUCGGUGGAGCCCUCAUAGUGAUUCUUUCCGUGUCCGUUUAUGCAUUUUACAAUCUUUACCAUGCGGUGCUGAAGAAAUUUCCCUCCCAACAUACAGAACUGUAA